UCCCUCCCUCCUUUUUUUCCCUCCCCACUCAACCUUUAGGGCUCUGGUUUCCUGCAAGUAGUGAAUUAUUCACAUCUGUUCAUAAAUACCAAAUUGGCCCUUCCCAGGUUGCCAGCAGGUGGGGCGGGGAGGUGGUUUUGUUCAGCCUCUAUAAACCUCCUUGUUCCAAGGGCCCUUACAGGUGAGAGCCUGUUUUUGCUAAGUCAUCCUGGGGAUAAUCAAAGCCCCAUUGUUAGAUCCUUUCUGUCCCUGGCUCCUCCUUCCUCCCCACCCUGCUUUGACAGGCUUCUAAGUGGGCUGAGCAGCCCUGCAGGGCUCACUCUGAGCUUAGCUAUGGCUUACAUCGCCAAGUCCUUCUACGACCUUAGUGCCAUCAGCCUGGAUGGCGAGAAGGUAGAUUUCAAUACCUUCCGAGGCAGGGCAGUACUGAUUGAGAAUGUGGCCUCCCUCUGAGGCACGACCACCCGGGACUUCACUCAGCUCAAUGAGCUGCAAUGCCGCUUUCCCAGGCGCCUGGUGGUUCUUGGCUUCCCUUGCAACCAAUUUGGACAUCAGGAGAACUGUCAGAAUGAAGAGAUCCUGAACAGCCUCCAGUACGUCCGCCCUGGGGGUGGAUUCCAGCCCACCUUUACCCUUGUCCAAAAGUGUGAGGUGAAUGGGCAGAAUGAGCACCCAGUCUUCGCCUACCUGAAGGACAAGCUCCCCUACCCUUACGACGACCCGCUUUCCCUCAUGACCGAUCCCAAGUUCAUCAUUUGGAGCCCAGUGCGCCGCUCAGAUGUGGCCUGGAACUUCGAGAAGUUCCUCAUAGGGCCGGAGGGGGAGCCCUUCCGCCGCUACAGCCGCACCUUCCCCACCAUCAACAUUGAGCCCGACAUCAAGCGCCUCCUCAAAGUGGCCAUAUAGAUGGGAGCGCUCAGCACAUUCACCUCCUGUCCACCUGGCCCCUGUCCCCUCCCCAGGAUUCAGCGUGCCCUCUGCAGACACCGCUGGACUAUGUGUUCCCUUUACAUCAGUCUCCUCACUUAAGAGGCUUGCCUUUCUCGGCU